AUGGCGGAAUAUAGUUCCAUAUUAGUGUAUGUCUUAGUUCAGAAAAUCGCUAUGGAGGAGGAAGAUGACUGGAGACAAUGUGCAGAAUGGUUAAAUCGAUGUCAAAUUAUCCCAGACGAUCAUCCAGCUUUGGGACCAGGUGGCAAUGCAAUUCACUUGGUUCAGGCUCUUAUGGAUGGAGUUGCUUUAUGCCAUCUUUUAAGUACAUUGUCAAAUCAUGAGCUAGACAUAAGAUCGAUGAAAGAUUUUAGCCAUAUGCCUCAAAAUUCUCAGUUUUUAUGUUUUCAAAAUCUUCGAUUGUUCACACACCUAUGUGAAAAGGAAUUCGAUAUCCCCAAAAAUUUACUGUUUCAACCAGGUGAUAUUUACCAUGCCAAAAACUUUGGAAAAGCCAUCGCACUACUGUCAAAGUUAUCCUAUUCAAGAAGGGCUCAGUUAACUGGAAUAACUGGUUUCCCACCAGAGAAUUCGAAGCUGCAGUCCUCUCACGAAUAUUACAACAACCUCGAGGAGAUCGCUGCUGCGAUUAACAAAUUGCCAGAUUCUGGAAAAACUAACUUUACUCAAAUAGAAGAAGAAAAUAAGGAAAAACUAUACGAUACAGUUGUGUACCAAGGAUCAAAGUCUCGUCUAAAUUUAAACUCUGAGCCCACAACCGCGCGAACAUGUUGUAUUCGAGAAAUAGUGGAUACAGAGAAGAAUUAUGUUGAUGUUUUGAAAAUGUUGAUUGAGAAAUACAAACAUCCGCUUAUUGGAGUUCUUUCACACAACGAAAUCGAAGAGAUUUUUAAGUAUAUAGAGGAGUUACAUACAAUUCAUAGGGAGUUCUUAAGUAACCUAAGCUUGGCAACCAGUGCAACUAUUAAUUUUCUCAGUUUAAGCGAUGUUUUCCUUAAAACUCGAGAUAGUCUGCUCAUAUAUGGAGAAUAUUGUGGUCACUUACAACAUGCUCAAAACUUAGUAUAUGAAAUUAUGCGAAAUGAUGUCGAGAAGCGUAGUAAAAUAGAGCUUUGUCAAUCAAAUUCUGAAAAAUAUAAUAAAUUUGCUUUGGCGGAAUUACUUACAAUCCCUAUUCAACGUGUACUGAAAUAUCAUCUCUUACUAGAGCAUCUGUGUAAACUUACUCCAGCUGAUCAUCCAGAUCGUUCUGAUCUUACCUUAGCUCAUGAAGCUAUGCGUGAAGUCGCUCUGUCAAUUAAUGAUGUUAAACGAGAUCUUGAUACAAUUAGUUCUAUUGAUCAAAUUCAAUCCAGUUUGCUUGAAAUAAUGCUGCCUCCAGAUAAAAAGUUGUCGAGCUAUGGACAUUUGCACAUGGAUGGAGAGGUGAAAGUUGUUUCAGAAUCAGAAAGCAAAGCAAAAACAAGGUAUUUGUUUUUAUUCGACAAAAUAUUGAUCGUAUGUAAACCAAAGGGUGAUAGUUUCACAUUUAUGUUCGCUUAUCACGUUGUGAAUGGUCAAUUUCAAAGGGUAACCCUGCCAAAUAAAAAAGGAUAUUCCUUUGGGUUUACUUUGCCUAUUCUGGGAGACAGAGAUUCACCAAAUCUUACAUUCUUUACAAAAUCUGAAGAAUUACGUACAUCUUGGAUGAAAGCUGUAAUGGCUGCUUUAUCUAAUCUUUGCCCACCUGGAGCGAAAGACCGAGGCUACAACUUCGAAAUGUUCACAUUUAAACAACCAACUUAUUGUUGUAUCUGUAAUAAGCUAAUCACAGGCAUCUUCUUUCAAGGUUAUCGUUGUCGAGAGACAAAUAGAGCUGCACAUAAAGGCUGUUUAGCAAAUCAUAAUCUUCCACUGCGUGGUGUAGCCAAUCCGCAUAUUAAUGGAAUUCCGUCAAAUGCUCCACCUCCACUUCCUCCUCAAAGUAAUACGGUACGUUGUCGACGUUCACACUUAACAAUGGGAAGUGUUCCAUGCACGCCUGGAAAUAAUUCACUGCCUAGUUCAGAGUCAUUCGACUUUUCACAAUUAUCAGAUACCUUAACAUCUGUGAAUCACUGGCUUGCUUCUGAUCAAACCAACUUAUCAAAUGUCUCUUUACAGCGUAAUAGACGUAUAUCUUCUGGUUUGCCUACUUCGAAUAUUCCUCCUGUAAAUCCAACUUUCGCUGUGGCACGAAAACCUUAUGAUGCAGAUCCUUUACCACCUUCAGGUAGCAUUCCUCUUAGAUUAUCCGUUGGAGAUCAAAUUGAAUUAAUCAAAUGGACUGAAGGUGCAUCUUGGUGGCAGGGUUAUUGUGAUGGUUCUGAAGGAUGGUUUCCCUCUAAUAUUGUUGAAGUUACGAAUAAUAAAGUUAAUAGGGUAUGCACACAAACUAUGCCGUGUACUGACAGUCCGGGGAUCUCACUGUCAAAUUUGAUAGGACAGACUUGUCGUCACAGUCUUCCUCCAGAUUGUUCUGUUUCAUCAAAUAGUGGUAAAGAAACCUCUUCAAACCUUGAACCGGAACACUAUCCUCACCAAUACAAUGGCAAUAACAAUUGUAGUAAUAACAACAAUAAUUUGGGGAAUAAUUGCUCACGUCAAACUAGACAGAUUAUCACGUCACUUGGGGAUUGCCAUGAUCCUCUUGCUGGCUACGACUGGUCUGUUUCACAUUUUAUAAGUCCAAUCACUACGAGACUUUCUCAUCAGGGAUCUUCAGUAUCUAAUUCAGAACGAAUGCCGGUAUUUAGUAACACUAGUCCCUCAGCUCAGAAGCCUUUCAUUUCAUUUAAUGAAGCUUCACCUACCAGUCCAUCGUUCUGUGCAGUGACAAAUUUGGUUGCGAAUAAUAGUUUUUCGCCUACAAUGUGUAAUAAUAUUCUUAAUGCUCCUGGUUCUUCGUUAUCUCUUGCCCCAGUCAAUGCGAAUAUUAGUACAAAUAAUUCACAUCCUUCGUUAAUGUUUCGACGUUUAAAAAAACGUAGUUUAUCAGCAUUGGAAAUCCCGGAGUUAUCACAGUGUGCUGAUUUAUUUCCAUCAGCACUGUCAACUACGCAAACUGCCUCGGCUGCAACAACAGUAACAUCGAAAUUUGAAAACUUCCCGACAGAUCCUGCAUUGGACCAUUCGCAUUUCUUUCUGUCAACCUACCCCUGGUAUAUAGGUGAAAUGGAUCGAUUAGAAGCUGUCAAUCUAUUAAACAAUUGUGUUGAUGGUACAUUUCUUGUACGUUUGUCUAAAAGUGCUGAAAGAAUGGGUGAAUAUUCAUUAUCAGUAGUAUUCGGACAUCCACGACAUAUACGUAUACAACGUUUUAUAUCACCUGAUAACUCAUCUAUUACUUAUGGUCUAUGUGAAUUGGAACAAUUUUCAAGUAUACCGGGUGUUAUUGAGAAUUAUUCAAAAGUGUCAUUGAAUCGAUGUUUCGAUGAAGUUGAUAUUACAUUACUUUAUCCUUACCAAAAGUGUCCUCCCUCACCGUUGUUCUAUGUCCGUGCAAAAUUUGAUUUUCAUGAUGCAUCUAACAAUCGUUUCCUAAGUUUGAGUGGUGGUGAUCGAGUUGCAGUUGUUAGUCGAGCUGCAGAAGAUAGAGGUUGGUGGAAAGGAUGGUUAAAUGGUCGUAUUGGUUUUUUCCCGAUGUCUUUUGUAACACGAGAAUCAUCUGCUUAA